AUGAACAAUUUGGAGAACAGUGUUGAAAGUGAUCUUUUGAAAAGCAUAAAAUUGAAUUAUUUUGAUAUUCAGCUUGGCGAGUCGACCGAUAAUUCCAUUCAAGAUGUGUUAUUUGCAAAACCACUGGAAACUUAUACGACUGGUGCAGCAAUUUUUAAUCUGAUCAAUGACUAUCUUGAAAAACAUCAACUGGUGUAUGGUGCAAAAUCCAUGACUGGAACAUAUUCUGGCACGAAUAAAGAAGAUCAACGAGAAUAUAGAAUGGACUCACUGCUGUAUUCAGAGGCAAGCAUUGAGUUAUCCAGUACUUUCAGCGAAGCUGUAAAAGUUGUGAUUUUUAUAGUCCCGUGCUACAAAUUCUCGUCUAUUCUGGAACAUUGUGAGGACUUGGGAAGUCUCCACGUCUCUUUAUUACUUCAUACAUAA